AAUUUCCGUCGGCGCACGCGCACUCGAUUAUAUUCGUGGCGAACGUCAAACCGAUUUAACGUUCCUUAAUUCGUGGCUCGACAAAUCUUGCCGGGCGUGAAAGUUACGCGAAACGAGACGAGACAACGUUAUCGAUUCGGCGUGCUAACAGAAAUUCGUCCGACCUGCUUCGGUUGUGUAACAAUGGCGGCUACGCAGCAAACAUAACCUCUAAAAUGUUUACACCGUACUUCUGAUCAGCCCGAAAGUUGUUUCAGAGACUUCCAGCAGUGAGAUUGUACAUCGCGAAAGUGACGAUGAAGCGCAAACCGAAAACCACGUCGACGGAUGUGACGGCGCCGAAAAGACACCAUUGGGCAACCGGUUUGCUCGUGUCCAUGGAGGAUCCGGCGCUCAAGGUCAAGGAAGACGACAAAGUGGUCGUCAUUAAAGACAAAUAUCCAAAGGCACAGUUUCAUUAUCUGGUCUUACCAAAGGCAAACAUCCCUUCGAUUUGGCACGUGAAGAAGGAGAACGAAAAUCUGUUGAACCACAUGGCCGACGUUGGCAAAGAUCUGACUAAACAACACAAAGAUUUCGAGUUUCUUAUCGGAUACCACGCUGUUCCCAGUAUGCAGCGGUUACAUUUACAUGUAAUAAGCACCGACUUCAAUAGCCCCUGUCUAAAAACCAAAUACCAUUGGAACUCGUUCACUACACCCUUCUUCUUGCAUUCGGAAGAUAUCUGUAACCAGUUGCGCGAGAAGGGUGAACUGCAGCGAUUGAAAUCCGAGGACAGCGCCGAGCACCUGAACACCCCUCUGAAGUGCCAUAAAUGCCCUGAAACCCCGAAAAAUAUGCCCGAAUUGAAGAGACACUUGUUGUCGCAUUUGCCGGAUCAAAGGAAUAUCGUUCCGCUGAAAUGAAUGGACGUUCCCACGCGCGCGUUUAGACGUACUUCCUUUUUCGUUAGUUUCAGAUUCUUUAAGUUACACGUGUCGACGGCAUAACCUUGCCGAACGCACGACCUUAGAAUACACACAGAGUUUACGUAAUGUACGAUAAGAAUGUAGAUUAAAACAAAUACAUUGUUUUGUAAAAAUA